AUGCACAAUAUUAUGGCAGUUGCUAUGAAUAGCACUGGAUCGCACAUGAUUGUUUCCAACGAAGGUGGUCAUGUUCUUUAUAUCAACAUGAGCACAGAAACUGUGAUAUUCAAAUUCCGUGCAAACAGAACCGUCCGAUCAGUGCAGUUCUCACCGGAUGGGAAAUUCAUUGCAAUAUGCCGUGAUAUGGAUUUACAAAUCCAAGAGAUUGGAAAACAGUCGACGUCGAUGUACUAUCCGUUCCAUCUUUCGAUGACGUACAAGCUGUCCUCGGAGACGUUGAACUGUGUCGAUUGGUCUGGCGAUGGAUGCCUCAUUGUAGCUGGUGGAGAAGAUCAUAUUGUUCGUGUUGUGGGUGCCCGUUACUAUCGCAACCUUUUCAUUCAUCCUUUGGCUGCCCAUCAAGGGCCUAUAGUAACAUGCCAGUUUAUCAACGGUAAUUAUGAUUUGAUAUCUGUUUGUAAACGUGGUAUCGCUAAUGUUUGGACGGCAUCGAUUCAACCAGGCGAUCUUGUUGAAGGGAAGUGGACAAAACCGGAGGAAAAUGAAAUGGAAAGCGAAGACGAAUCAGUGACAAGACUUUAUUAUGAAAAAACGAAGAGGUACUCUCUUUUGGAAUCAUCAGGCAGCGGUAAAUCCGGAAUCGAUGUUACUUCUUGUCGUAUACAUACGACGACGAAUAUUUUAGUAACAGCUUACUCUAAUGGUGUGUUUGUUCUUCACGAAGUACCAUCAUUUGCUCUCAUACAUAAUUUACGGGUAUCGGAUAUGCAGAUUACCAGCGUUGCAGUCAAUAAUACAGGUGAUUGGUUGGCAUUAGGUUGCGGUAAAGGAUCAGCUGCGCAAUUGGUGGUGUGGGAAUGGCAAUCUGAGACUUAUGUUCUAAAACAACAAGCACAUUCACAACGAAUUCUAGCGGUGCAGUACUCGCCAGAUGGUUCUUUGCUAGGUACUGGAGCAGAGGAUGGAAAAGGUAAAAAUUUGGAAUGGCCAUACCGCCUUCUGUACGGUGACUUUCGAUGA